AUGGGCGAAAAUGAGGCCUUUUUCUUCUUCCUCGGAAAAGGUGAUGGGCUCCCACCCGAGUCGCCGAAUUUUGCUGUUGCACCCUUCAGUGAUACUGAGGACCCGAGAAUGCCAAACGGCACGCACGUAAUUUUUGACGGACCGAUUGCUGGAAUCGGCAAUUGGUGUAUCGCUGCUGAUCAUGUUGAUAUGGCGAUUGUCGGGUGUUCGAGAGCCGAUUGUGCACUCAGAUGCUGGUCCAGCUUGCCUUCGCUGAUUAGUUUUUCAACAAUUUUCGGAGGGCGAUGCAUGAUUCAAUAUCAUGGCCAUUGUACUGGUGGAAUCGGCAGAACACUCCCGUAUCUUUGUCGACUUGUCGAGGGAGCUUCCGGUUGCUGGGCUUCGAAAUUAUCUGAUUUUCGGCCAUGGACAUGUUCGUAA